AUGUCGGAAGGUCAUCCCUCAAACGAUGAUGCUGAAGAUUUCAAAGAACAAGACCGAUUCUUGCCAAUAGCUAACGUAGCACGUAUUAUGAAACGCGCCUUACCGGAGAACGCAAAGAUUGCCAAGGAAGCAAAAGAAUGCGUUCAGGAGAGAACACGUGUUUUUGUUAAAUUCGAGUUUCGUAGCGAAAGUUCUUAUUUAUUAGUCGAAAUACGUUGUUAUUAUGUCCUUGACUACGUUCUUGUUGUUACGGCUAGUGAUCGCUGUCAGCAGGAGAAAAGGAAAACUAUAAAUGGUGAAGACAUUUUGUGGGCAAUGCAAUCAUUAGGUUUCGAAAACUAUGCUGACGUUUUAAAGAUUUAUUUGGCGAAAUAUCGAGAGACUGUUAAACUAGAGCGAUCGUCUGCAGGCUCGAAAGAUAAAGACGAUGAUGGACCGUACUAUCCUGGUAUGCCAUCAGUCACUGGUAUACAAGACAUCGAACGGCUAUAA